AUGACCACGAAAACCGCGACCGGAACCGGAACCGCCGGCGCGGGGAUCGAAGCCGCGCUCGCCGCCGCCAGGGAGCGGUACCAGGAGGUAACCGAGCGGCUCGCGAACCCCGCGGUCCUCGCGGAUCCGGCAGAGCUCAGACGUCUCUCCACCGUUCAUUCCGAACUCGAGCCACUCAUCGAGGCCGGGAGCCGUCACCGGGAACUCGGCGAGCAGCUCGAAGAAGCGCUCGAGAUGGAGCAAGACCCCGAUCCGGAAAUGGCGGAGUUCGCCGCCGAGGAAGCCACCGAGACCCGCGCCAAACUGGACCGAGUCGCCGACGAGAUUCGGCGCCGGCUGCUUCCGAAAGAUCCGAACGACGACCGCAACGUGUUGCUCGAAGUGCGGGCCGGCACCGGCGGCGAGGAAGCAGCUCUAUUCGCCCGCGAGAUCUUCCGGAUGUACGAGCAGUACGCAAGGUCCAACGGGUUCCGGGUGGACGUGGUAUCCAGUCAGGAAUCCCCAGUGGGGGGCGUCAAGGAAAUCGUCUCGGUGAUCGAGGGCAAGGGCGCUUUCAGCCGGCUCAAGUUCGAAAGCGGCGUGCACCGGGUGCAGCGGGUGCCGGCUACCGAAGCGUCGGGGCGGAUUCACACCUCCGCAGUCACCGUAGCCGUGCUCCCGGAGGCGGAAGACGUGGAGAUUCAGAUCGAUGCCAAGGAUCUCCGGGUGGACACUUUCUGCUCUUCCGGCCCCGGCGGACAGAGCGUGAACACCACCUACUCCGCGGUGCGCAUCACUCACCUCCCCUCCGGUCUCGUGGUCAGUUGCCAGGACGAAAAGUCCCAGAUCAAGAACAAGGCGAAGGCGCUCCGGGUGCUGAAAUCCCGGCUGCUCGAACUGGCGCGCCAGGAGCAGCAGGACCAGGUUGCCGAGGCGCGGCGCGGACAGGUGGGCCGCGGUGACCGGAGCGAGAAGAUCCGAACCUACAACUUCAAGGAAAACCGGAUCACCGACCACCGGAUCGCGCUCACCCUGCAUUCCCUCCCGAACGUUCUGGGAGGAGAGCUCGAUUCCCUGAUCGAGCCGCUCCACGCCCGCGAACAGGCGGACCGGUUAAAGGCGCUGAACGGCCCGUGA